CGGGCCGCACGGAGCCGGGACGCAGCGCGGGAGAUGGCAGCCCGGAGGCGCGCGCCCGCGCUGCUGUGGCUGCUGCUGCUGCUGCCGCCGGGGCGCACCGCGGGCGCUGCGGGCGCUGGGGGCGCGCGGUGGCGCGGAGAGGGCAGCAGCCCGCACCUGCGGAGCAUCUUCUUGGGCCGCUGCGCCGAGUACAUCUCGCUGCUGAGCCCGGAGCUGCGGGACAAGAACUGCACAGCUAUCUGGGAAGCCUUUAAAGUGGUUCUGGACAAGGAUCCCUGUUCCGUACUGCCCUCGGACUAUGACCGUUUUAUUAGCCUCUCCAGACACUCCAUCCCCAGAGAUAAGUCCCUGUUCUGGGAAAACAACCACCUCCUUGUCACUAGUUAUGCAGAGAAUGCCCGUCGCUUUAUGCCUCUGUGUGAUGUUCUGUACGGCAGGAUUGGAGAUUUUCUGAGCUGGUGUCGACAGGAAAAUGCAUCCGGACUCGAUUAUCAGUCCUGCCCUACGUCAGAAGAUUGUGAGAACAACCCUGUGGAUUCUUACUGGAAAAUGGCGUCUUCGCAGUAUUCAAGGGAUAGUUCUGGGGUCAUUCACGUCAUGCUGAACGGUUCAGAGCCCAAAGGAGCCUAUCCUGUUAAAGGUUUUUUUGCAGAUUUUGAAAUUCCCUAUCUCCAGAAGGAUAAAAUCACACGAAUUGAGAUCUGGGUUAUGCAUGAAAUUGGGAGACCAAAGGUGGAAUCCUGUGGAGAAGGCAGUGUGAAAAUCCUGGAAGAGAGACUGGAAAAAAUGGGUUUUCAGUACACCUGUAUUAAUGAUCACCUACCAGUGAAGCUCUUAAUGUGUGUGGACCACAGCACUCAUCCCGACUGUGUCUUAAAUUCAGCAGUAACAUUCACUCGAAGAGAAGCCGCACCCCUCUGUGCAGAAUGUGGCGCCAGCAUUAUCAUUGCUUUCUUAGUGGCUCUGGCUUCAAUUGUUCAGAUGUAACUGGAAGCUUAGCUGUGCUGCCUUAACAGUUCCCAGCCCUGAAAGCUGCCCUUGCACAUUCAUCCUUCUUGUUCUGUGCAUACCAAGUGGUUCCAUUGUCUAAAAAAGCUUCCUUCUGGGAAAACAGUGUCCUGGGUGGGGUUUUCAGUGAUACACAUGCUUGGGAUUUCAGAGACAAGAAAUUAAUCUCGUCCUAUUUAGCAGGUUAAAAUCGCUGCAUUAAAAUGAAAGCAAGUUAUUAGUUUCUUGUUUCAUAUUGUAUAAAGCAUUGAGACCCCAACUACUAUUAUAUAAUAAAAUAUUUUUAUGAAAUUCUAGUAGAAUUAGAUUUUAUACUUUUUCUGUAUUUUCCUGUGUCUCCAGUGGGACACACUGAAUGCUUAUUGAUAGCUUAAGAUAUAUAUACACUAUAUAUAUGUCUACAUAUUUGGCAUGCAAAGAUUUAUGAAUAAAGGUGUUGAUUUAAUGGUUAUGUAUAAUGGGGAGGAGAAACUCAUAAUGUCCAAUAAUAGGGAGCUGUUUUCUCAUGGUUUGGUAUAUCUGGAGGAUAGAAUAGCAUUCGAUGUAAAAGUCAUGUUUCCCAAUCCAAAUGUCCUUCAGCUGGUGAGCAGAUGAGCUCACUGUGGUACAUCAAUACAACCCUCUCUAUAUAGUCAGAAAGAGAAUGUGACAUGAGAAACACUCAUAUUUGCUAAUAAAAGAAGCCAGACUAAUAGGCUGCAUACUGUAUUAUUCUACUUUUGUGACAUUCUGGAAAAGGCAAAACUGUAGAAAUGGAGAAUAGAUCAGUGGUCGCAAAGGGUUAGGACCAGUGAGAGGGGUAACCACAAAGAGGCAGUGUGAGGGAAUUUUGGGGGAGUGAGAAACUGUUCUGUAUCUUGAUUGUGGUAGUGGUAACCUGAAUCUAUGUUUUUUGUCAACACUUAGAACCGUAUAUCAAAAAAUAGUAAUUUUCACUGUAUGUAACUGAAAUGUUUUCGAAGAACGUUUAAUGACAUAGAAAAAUGUCAACAAUAAGUACAAGAAAUAAGAUAUAAAACCUUCUAAAAUAUAAUACAAAUGUAACAAAUUCUAUUAUGUAUGUGUGUAUGUAUGAUAUGUGUAUUGUAAAUGAAUGAAAGAGAAAGCAAUAAACUCAAAGGCAGAGCAAUUAUCUCUGGGUAGUCAUCUGAUCAGUGACUCCUAUAUUUGACUUUUGGCAUUUUUGUGUUUUUCAGAUGUUCUCUAAUGAGUAUGUGUUACUUUUAUAAUCAGAAAAGGAGAAAUCCACACACACACAUCGUAUAUGUGUGGUACUUUGUUUUGACACAAAGCAUUUCCAGAAGGCAAAAAUAAAACCAAAAGCUUGUCACAGA